CGCCCCAUCUCGGGCAGGAAGGCGCCCCUCGCUCUCCGCUCGCCCCCCGGUUUCGCCCGUUUCUCUCCCCCGCCGGCACCCAGGAAAAGAGGAGAAGAUGCAUUUCGCGCCGCCGGGGCUCCUGCUCGCCCAGCUCCACGCGUGCAUCUACUGGAGCUGCCUGUGGCCCGCCGGCUGCCAGCAGCCGCCGCCGCGCCGCGACCCCCCGCCGCCCCCCGCCGCCUGGAGGCAGCGGAUCCAGUGGGAGAACAACGGGCAGGUGUACAGCCUGCUCAGCCUCGGCUCCCAGUACCAGCCCCCCCGGCGCAGGCAGGCGGCGGAGGCGGCGGGCAGCCCCAUCCUGCUGCUGCGGAACAACGGCACGCUGCCGCGGAGAGCCGCCGCCCGAGACGCCGCCGCCACCGCCGCCGCGCAGCCCCCGCCCGCCGCCGGCAGCCGGGGGGGCUCCGGCGCACGGCACUGGUUCCAGGCCGGCUACCAGCCUCCCUCCGGGGGUCGCACCGCCGCCGGGCAGCGGAGCCAGGGGGCCGCCACCCCCGCGGCCUCCGGGGCGGCCAGGAGCGCCUCCUCGGGGGCGUCGCGACCCAGCGCCCCCACCAGCCCCGCCGGCGGCACCGGCACCGACGGCAACGGGAGCAGCACCGGGGCCGGCGGCCUGCCGCCCCUCAGCAGCUUCAGACCCGGGCGGGAAGAUGUCAUGGUAGGCGACGACCCCUACAACCCCUACAAGUACACGGACGAUAACCCCUAUUACAACUACUACGACACCUACGAGAGGCCCCGCCAGGGCAGCAGGUACAGGCCUGGCUAUGGGACCGGCUACUUCCAGUAUGGUCUCCCUGACUUAGUCCCGGAUCCCUAUUACAUCCAGGCGUCCACAUAUGUCCAAAGGAUGUCCAUGUAUAACUUGAGAUGUGCAGCCGAGGAGAACUGCCUGGCAAGUUCAGCUUAUCGAGCAGAUGUUAGAGACUAUGACAAUCGGGUGCUCCUGAGAUUCCCCCAAAGAGUGAAAAAUCAAGGCACGUCAGAUUUUCUGCCCAGCAGACCCCGUUACUCAUGGGAGUGGCACAGCUGUCACCAACAUUAUCACAGCAUGGAUGAAUUCAGCCACUAUGACUUGUUGGAUGCAAGCUCACACAGAAAAGUUGCUGAAGGACACAAAGCAAGUUUCUGUCUUGAAGAUACCUCCUGUGAUUAUGGAUAUUAUAGACGGUACGCAUGUACAGCGCAUACGCAGGGACUGAGCCCUGGCUGCUACGACACUUAUAAUGCUGAUAUAGAUUGCCAGUGGAUUGAUAUUACAGAUGUAAAACCUGGAAAUUACAUUCUGAAGGUGAGUGUAAACCCCAGCUACUUGGUGCCUGAGUCCGAUUACUCCAACAAUAUAGUACGCUGCGAUAUACGCUAUACAGGCCACCAUGCGUAUGCCUCUGGCUGUACAAUUUCACCAUACUGAGAAAGAUGCAAGAAAAUGGAUGAGACGGUGCCAAAUGUUUUGAACUGAAGUAUCAUUAUAUAAACUUCAAUAGGAUGUAAACACUAUAGAAGCAAAACUACAGAACAUACACACAUACACCCACACACCUUAUGUGAUUUUGAAGCACUUCAGCUGCUUCUCAACCAAAUCUGUAACUGGAUUUUGAACAUUUAAAUUGGCAUUACUUUUAUUACUAUUGAAACGUGUGGAACUGGUGAUUGAUGCACAGAUACUUUACAUUUUGAAAAUCUAACUCAUUCAUAAAAACAUGAGCAUUCCUUAACUCUGAAAAUUUGGAGUUUAGGUGAUAAUAGACUUCAGUGGGAAUAUUACUGGUGAAUGAGUUGAACACAUUUUAAAAGGUAGCAAAAAUUUAUGUAAAAUGAAUUAAAUAAAAUGCAAUAGAAAGUACUAAUGUCAGCUAUCUCAGAAAAUACCAGAAUGAAAACCAGCUUAAGAGUAAUGCUACAGUACCAUUAAAAUAAAACUUGCUAGGACACGUUGAUAUGAAUGAGAAAAGUAUGUUCAGUUUUCAAGGAAUAUUAACAUAUAGCAGACAAAUACAUAUAUAUAUAUAUAUCAGUUAUACCCCUGCAAGAAAAGUUAUGUUUACAUUUUUAAUACAUUAGAAGUUUUUCCAUUUUCUUAAGUAAAAAACAGAUGGGGUUUUGAAAGAAACCUUUCAUCUGUGGAAACGAAUUAAAGAACUUAUCCACCUUUCUAUGUUCAAGAGAUUUUUCAAGGUGGGGCUUUUAAAAGACUUCUGCAAACUUAAUGUGGAUAAAAAUAAAUACCUGUCAAGAAAAGGGCUCUUGGAGAUGAUGAAGAGUCCCUGAUGUAGUCAUGUGUGAAAAACAUCCAACUUGAACAGGUUAACCAUCAAAAUAAUACAGGCAAUUAACUCAGGUGGCACCACAAACAGAAGUAGGUCAGAAUCUCUAACGAAGUAUUUUUAUCGUGAAAAAGCCUACUACCUGCUUCCCCCUUAAGUACUGUAUUUGACUUUUAAAAUGUAUAUCUCAGUAUUCAAACAAUGAAUUUGAAAAUAUACUAUAUAUAGAGGGAGAACAAAAGUCAACAUAUUUAACAUCCUACUUUAGGCUGUUCAGGAACCAAAUACAACAUUGUUAAGGGGAAAAAAUUCCAGCCCAAAUUAAAGUUUUUGCUGAACUGCUUAACUGGUGCUGGGUACACCACUCCUCCUCCCAUCCCCAAAUUAUUUUGCUUUUGCAGUGCACCCUGCUGUAAGCUACAGUAGCUGUGAUUUUGUUUUUAAACUGUGAAAUAACAUAUCACAAGGGGAUCUGGCGUUUUUUUCAGAAGAUUUCUGAUCAUGUAAAAUGAAGGAUCUACUUUUGAAACAAAGGGACCUAGAAAUAUUGAUUGGUAUUGGUUAAGUUUAAUCAGCAGUUCAAAACACCUAAUUAAACAUGGAAAGCUCAAUCUCUUUUAAAAAAAAAUUGAAAAAUACAUGUGCUAUUCAGUAUAGUUAAAAAAAUGAAAGAUCUGAGGAGUAUGGAGAGGUUUUAUUAUCACUGUUGAGAAUACUUCAGGCAGUAUUUGGAAGUAUUUUAUGCAAUAGAACCCUAUGGAUUUAAUGUGGAAGUUUUAUGAAUAAUCGUAAUACCCUUUAAGGAUCAACUUGUUUUUUACUACGUAUAUUUAAGCUUAUUUCACGAUUAUAAAGUAUUUCCACCUUAAUCAUAUCUUGGUUACAAAUUUGCACAACUAGUAUGUAUGCUUAAAAAGAAUGUAAGAACCAGCAACCCCGUGAUUACUACCGAACAUUGGGAGUGGGUGCAGAAUGAAUACCAUUUAUACCUGCAGGUCCCUUUUUGUUUGCUGAGAGAUCCAUUUUAGCAAUCAGUCACCAGUAUGGGCAACAAACAGAAGCAAAAUUUGGAAACUAGAUUUAUUAGCCAUUUAUUACAUGUGUCUGCAAAAAUGAGGGUCUGUUUAAAGUCUAGGCUUCUGAAAUCUCAGCCCAAAGAGUUUUUAAGAUUAAGAGGUAUUAAGGGCUGCAAGUGCAUUCACCUUUCUAUAGACUUAGGUCACAAUUGGGGUGAAAGUCCUGAUAGCAGCUUGGGCAAUGGACACAAAAGCUACUGUAAUGGAAGCUAGGCUGUGGGCACGGGCUGCUUCCUGGCAAGAGGUUGUGUGCUCGUACCUCGUUGUGCCGGAUGCUGAAUGUGGGAUAAGAGAGCACUAACUGGACACAGAGCAGCCACAGAAACUGAGUUUAUCCCUCGGCUUAUGAGGCAGUAACCUGCUCACAUGUCUAUACCCAAACUACUUGCAGAACUCCACUGAAGUCAGCAAGGAGCCAGAGGACCUUGAGCAUCUGUGUAGGUGGAACAAGUUGUAACACUGGCCAUAGUCCUUUCAGUGGGAACGGCCUGGUUCGGAAAGGUGUUGAACGCCAUAACUUUGAAUAUUGGGGAUAUUGUAGCUACAAAAACGUAGCUUUUUUUUCCGUAGCAAAAUAUUGUAUUUGUUUUGAAAUGUGUGUUAAGCAACAUGACAGUGAUGUACAAUAGCACAAAAAUUGCCUAAGAUAACAUGAACAGUCUAUUUAGAAAAACAAGGGAUUUUAGGAUUAAAAAAAAUGAAGGAAUGUGACUUUAACUUCCCCUGUUUAACUAGUAAUCACAACACAGUAGAAGAGUUUAUUAUAUAGCAUGUGUAGAAGUAGUUCUAAAUAGGGGAGUGCCAACCAGUAUUUUCAGUAUCUUGGCUCUGCAGUUUUGACCCAGACACCUUAACUUACUUUUUUCAUACUGGAAUAUAUUUACGGGAUUACGUGCAUUUUUGUUGAAAAACAUUUACAAAAACUGUUUUGAUAAAAGCUUAUUUUAUACAGCAAAUUAUAUUUUGGAAUCCUUUUUACCAGACAUUGGCCUUAUUCCCAUCAUCUUUGAAAGGCAUCUUGCCAUUGGUCUCAGUGGGAGCAAAAUCAGAUUUAAAUUUUGUGAGAAUUCUAGUAUGAAUUUGCUGUCUUGCAGUCUCAAAUUUCCUUUGAAAACCCAAAUCAUAAAAAUGUGUGUGAAGCAAUUACCUCCCACAUUUCAGAUCUUUAGAUAAAAAUUGCACAUAAGGAACAUAUUGUAUGUCAGGCUCAUUACAGAAGGGGUUUGUUACGUAUUUUUUUUAAUCCUGAAAUACAUUUGGUAUUUGCAUAUUUCUAGACAAAAGUGUAACAAAAAUGACAGAUUGGUCACCAAUGGAACCAACAUAUUGUGCAGAUGAUGUUUUUGUGUUAGUAAAAGUCUACUCAUUUUCUCUCUGCUCCAAAGUUUACUAUGCAGUGUCGAAUGAGUACAAACACCAAACAUACCUUCCUAUAGUCAUUCACACAUUGUUUGUAGUGUACUCAUUCAAAACCAGCAGGGUGAAUUUCAUAAAUGAGACACUGAAAGGUGGUUUAUCCUGUGUCUCACAUUUAUGCCAAUAAGGCAUUUUCAUUUUCUCCAAAUCCUAAAAGGUGCUGAAAGAUUUUAACUUGAAUUAAAACCAAAGAGUAUGUUAUUGGGAGGUUUUUAUUAUGCAACUAAAUGCUACAGAUACAGUGAAAUGCCACUUGUUUUUGCAACUUUUUUGAAGGUUUUUCAUUAUUUCCUUCACUUUUCUUCCAAAGGUCUUAAUUUCAAUAACUUUGCAUCUUUAUCUGAAGAGCUCUAAUUUAUAAUAUUCAGGCACUAGCUUUGUAUUCUUCAUUGCACUUUCAUAUUCUUGUGUUACAUGCCCGUAUUAUGGUUGCAAGUUUAUGUGAAAAUGACUUGAAUAAAAUGUUUCAAGCGUU